AUGUCUCUUGCCUCGAAGAAGGACGAGGAAAAUGGUCUCAGCACCUACUACAACAACAAAACUACCGUGAUCCAGGAAGCUCGUGUCUUCAAUGAUACUCCCAUUAGUCCUCGGAAGUGCAGGGCGCUCCUCACUCGCAUCGUGUAUCUGCUGUAUGUCGGCGAGACGUUUGGUACACAAGAAGCCACGACGCUAUUCUUUGGAACAACGAGAUUGUUCCAAAACAAGGACAGCGCACUACGGCAAAUGGUGUAUCUGGCGAUCAAGGAGCUAGCUAACACUGCGGAGGAUGUCAUCAUGGUCACCAGCAGUAUCAUGAAGGACAUGCAGCCAAACUCGGAAGUCAUCUACCGACCGAAUGCCAUUCGUGCAUUAUGCCAUAUUAUCGACCCUUCUAUGGCGCAAGGCGUGGAGCGGUUCUUCAAGGCGGCGAUUGUUGACAAGAACCCGUCCAUCUCCUCUGCUGCAUUGGUCUCCGCAUACCAUCUGUUCCCGGCGGCCAAGGACGUGGUCAAGCGAUGGGUGAACGAGGCGCAGGAGGCUGCGUCUGGCAAGUCGUCUUCGUCACUCUUUGGCAACAGCUCGCCGGGCUCGUACUUGGGCUGGGGAGGCUCUGCCGCACCAUCCGGUAAUGGAUACCAGGCGGUUACAUCAACGAGCAGCAUCACGCAGUAUCAUGCCCUUGGUCUCCUCUAUCUGAUCCGUCAGCAGGACCGCAUGGCUAUAAUCAAGAUGAUUCAACAACUGGGCGGCACCAAGGGAGGAGCAUCCACUGCUUUGAGGAACCCGAUGGCCUUGUGUAUGCUCAUUCGUUAUGCCGCCAAGGUCAUGGAGGAGGAUCCCAAUGUCCAACGACAGAUGUUCGAACUUCUGGAGGGCUGGCUGCGGCAUAAGAGCGAUAUGGUGAACCUCGAAGCUGCACGCGCGAUUUGCGAGAUGAAGGGUGUCACUGCAUCUCAGCUGACCAGACCCGUUGCCGUUCUCCAGCUGUUCCUCACAUCACCCAAGUCGACGCAGAAAUUCGCUGCGACUCGUACUCUUGCGGCGCUCGCCCUUACGCACCCUGCGAGUGUCGCCGCCUGCAAUAUGGACUUGGAGAAUCUGAUUUCAGAUUCUAACCGAAGUGUAGCGACAUACGCCAUCACCACUUUGUUGAAGACGGGUAACGAGGCUUCUGUGGAUCGUCUCAUGAAGCAGAUCACAGGAUUCAUGAGCGAGAUCAGCGAUGAGUUCAAGGUCAUCAUCGUCGAGGCUAUUCGCUCUCUCUGCUUGAAGUUCCCAGCGAAGCAUGUGUCCAUGUUGUCCUUCCUCUCUGGUGUACUGCGCGACGAGGGCGGUUAUGACUUCAAGCGCGCGGUUGUCGAGGCCAUCUUUGAUAUGAUCAAGUUCAUCGGCGAUUGCAAGGAACAGGCACUGUCGUACCUAUGCGAGUUCAUCGAGGACUGCGAAUUUACCAAGCUGUCUGUGCGGGUUCUACACUUACUUGGCGUCGAGGGUCCAAAGGCGCCUCAACCGACGAAGUACAUCCGGUAUAUCUACAACCGGGUGGUGCUCGAGAAUGCGACGGUCCGCGCUGCGGCGGUGUCCAGUCUGGCGAAGUUUGGUCUAAAUGGCUUGGACGACAAGCUCAGCAAGAGCGUGAACGUACUCUUGCGGCGCUGUUUGGACGAUGUUGAUGACGAAGUUCGUGAUCGAGCUGCGAUGUACCUCGAGGUAUACGAAGAGCCGUCUCUCGCUGAUACGUACAUCAAAGAAGAGUCCAUCUAUUCUCUAUCUGCUCUCGAAUCGAAGCUGGUCUCCUACAUCAGCGACCCUGAGGCAAUGGAGAAACCAUUCGACGCGUCGUCAAUACCUAAGAUCAGCAGGGAACAAGCUGCGAAGGAUGCCGCUCGUCCGGGCAGCUUGGAGACGAUCGGCGUUCCGUCCACAUCAAAGGCAGCGACACCUCCACCUCCGACAGCUGCGGAUACCCAAUCUGCCUACGCGCAACAGCUGGCCGAGAUACCGGAGUUCGCCAACUACGACACUGUCCUCAGCAGCAGCACGAAGCCGGCUCAACUUACGGAGACUGAGACGGAAUACCAAGUGUCAUGCGUCAAACACAUAUUCAGGGAACAUGUCGUCUUCCAGUUCAACGUGUCGAAUACGAUAGCAGAUACCGUUUUGGAGCAGGUCUCCGUGGUUAUGCAGCCACAGGGAGACUCUGUGUUGACAGAAGACUUUAUCAUGCCCCUGCCCAGCCUCUCCACAGCAAAUUCGCCUGGCAUCGUAUACGUUUCCUUCGCACGCGAUGACCCAGAAGUGUACGCCGUCGCGUCCUUCCAGUGCAUCCUCAAGUUCGUCAGCAAGGAAGUCGAUCCUUCGACAGGUGAGCCAGAGGAGGAGGGCUAUGAGGACGAGUACCAGCUAGAGGAGGUCGAACUUGCCGCGGGAGACUACAUCGUUCCCAGCUAUGUCACAUUUGCAUCCGAGUGGGACCGUAUGCGUAGUGGUGCCUCUGCAACCGAGACGUUCUCACUGUCAGCCAUGGAAUCUCUCAAAGCUGCUUGUGAUUCCAUCAUCGAGAUCCUCAAUAUGCAGCCGCUGGGCGGAACCGAGGAACCCCAAAACUCGAAUGUGCACACAUUGCAGCUUUCAGGCCUGGUUGCAGGCGGUGGAGGAAAGGUGCUCGUGCGGUGUCGUAUGACUUACUCCAAGGCGCAAGGCGUGACACUGGAGCUGGGAGUGCGCGCGGAGCAGCAGCAAGCGUGCGACCUGGUGGUUGCUGCGAUUGGAGGUUAA